CGAAUAUUGCCAUAGCAACGAAAUCCGCUCCGGGUUGACUUCAAUAAAUUAAAAGCAUCUGCAUUAUGUGAUCAGAUUCCAGCCAUUUUUGAAUUAUAGUAAAUGAUUAUAGGGUAAUGGCAACACCUGUUAAAGAAGAAGACUUAUUAGUACCGACUAGUAUUCAUUGGACGAUUGAAGAUGUCGCCAAUUGGAUUGAAGAGAUAGGAUUCCCACAAUACAGAGAAUGUUUCAGAACGAAUUUAGUCAAUGGCCGUAAACUGAUUCUAGCCGAUGCGAGUCAUUUACCACAACUCGGAGUUACAGAUUUUGAGCAUAUCAAGUUUAUAUCAGCAAGCGUUCGUGAUUUACUCGGACUUGAAGCUCCAUAUUGGAACAGAUCAGUGUCACUCCCACCCAGAACACCUAUGGGAAUGUUUCUCGAGAGGAAAAGUCGAACUGGACAAUACAUAGAUGGACUUUUAUAUUCACAACAUUUGAAAGGGAAAUAAGAAACCUGCAACGAAUCAUUUUUUCACUUUUUUAGCCUCAGUAUUGGAAAAUAUACAUGCAAUCUAUUACCAAAAA